AGCUGGUGAAGAAGAGGAGUUCCACCAUAGCAGCAGCUGGACAGGCAGUUUACUAUCUAAGAAACAACCUCUUGGAACAUUUUUCCUGAUGCAUGCAGAUGGUUUUAAAUUUAUUUAUUUGUCAUGCUGCUCACGUUUGUUCAGACAACUUUUUUCUUGCAGCGUUUGUUUUGUGGAAAUUAGUUUUCUUAGUAAUUUACCACUCUUUUAUUUUCUAAAAUCCCCAAAAAGACAGAAAGCGAAGAAACACGGAGUACCUUCUGGAUAGGAAUCAUGUAUGUGAACAACAGAAACAAUAACAUCAACACAGAAAGAAGUAAGAAGAACAUAAAAGGGAAAACAUGGGCUCACUUGAAGACAACUCCACGUCAGGAGGAAAUCUUCACUCUUCCGUCCCCAAAGGUGGGCAACAAGGUGGAGACGAAGGAGAACAUGACAGAUGAUGAGGAGGUGAUCCGGCGCACAGCACUGGGGAAGGCCCUGUAUGAUCUGACCCAUUCAGAGAAGGUGAUGAAUGAUCUGACGUUUGGACGGCGAGUGGGACUGUACGAGCUGAGGGGGGAGAUCGGCUCUGGCAAUUUCUCCCAGGUUAGAUUGGGAAUACAUGACCUGACCAAAGAAAGAGUGGCAGUAAAAAUCCUGGAUAAAGUGCGUUUGGAAAAACGCUCGCAGGCUAUUUUUGCCUCUGAAAUCUCUUGCAUGGAGAAGCUGGCCCACCCGAACAUAGUGCGCCUGUUUGAGGUGGUGGAAACAUUUAAGCGGCUCUACCUGGUGAUGGAGUAUGCCAGUGGAGGGGAGCUGUUCUCCCGGAUCACCAGCAGAGGGCGCCUGUCAGACCUGGAGAGCAAGCUGGUGUUCUCACAGGUCCUCUCUGCAGUGAGACACAUGCAUGAUAAUGACAUUGUCCAUAGGGACCUGAAGGCUGAGAACGUCUUUUACACCAGCACCUACUGCAUUAAAGUGGGUGACUUUGGUUUUAGUACAUCUUCUUGUCUCAGUGAUGUUCUCCACACGUUCUGUGGCUCGCCGCCUUAUGCAGCCCCUGAGCUGUUCAAAGAGAAAGGCUACAUUGGUCAAUAUGCAGAUAUUUGGGCAUUAGGUGUUUUGCUCUACUUUAUGGUGACGGCCACUAUGCCAUUCAAGGCUACUAACACAGGCAGACUGAAGUGCUGUAUCCUGCAGGGCUCUUAUUCCAUUCCCUCCUUUGUUCCACAAUCAUGCCAGGAAAUCAUUAAGGGCCUCCUACGACCAGUUCCUCUAGAUCGCCUCACUAUGCCACAGAUCAUGGCCAGUGACUGGAUGAGAGGCAUCGAAUACCCCCAGGCCUACCCUGCUUGUAGGGCUACACCCUCCCAUCUGGUUGAGUCUAACUGCAUCCUCACUUCUGAUGAAUUAAAUGUGAAGGCGAUGCUGGAGGAUCUUGGCAUCACCAAAGUCCAUCUUCUCAAUAACAGUCGAGACUUGACAAGCCCCAUUACUGGGGCCUAUCGGAUUUUGCUACAUCGAAUCCAGAAGAGGAGCUCUGUGGAAGCUGUGGGUUAUAUCCAGACAUGCACCAAUGAAUCCCAGAACAGACUCAGAUGGAGAGCCGGCUCAGAUGGCCUGCUAAACAAGCACCAGUCUGUUGUCUGCACCAUCAUGUAGUUUAGUUUCUUCAAAAAAAGAGCUCAACAAUUUGGAGAAUGUGGUUGUUUACUUUCCUUCUGAAAUGAGAAAAUUGAAACCGCUGUCAUGUCUGUGCUUUAAUAUGAACUGAGAGCCAGGACGCAGUUAGUCUAGUUUAGCAUUGCUACUCCAGCUCUCACAAAAGCUAAAUACAUACAUCUAGCAGCAACUCUAACGCUCACUAAUUAAUAUGUUGAACUCUGUUUGUUUAAUCAACACAAACAGCAACAUCAAACCCAAAUGUGUGGUUUUAGGAAGAGGGUUUUCUAUAACAGCUGCCCUGUUGUCACAUGAGGUUUCUAAAAGGGAGAACACGGUUUCAUUUUCGAAUCUGUCUGUGAAAAUAUGGCCUCAUGAAUGCAGGUAUACACAGUGGCAUACCGCAUGACUGCACUUGGCACUCCUUUGCCCACUAAAAUAGCAUCAACAGUAUGUACAAUGUGAGCUGCAAUAAAACCAACUGAGCAUUAAAGUUCCAAUGAGGGCUGACAGUGACCCCGAAGUUACACCAUCAGUAAGGAAGCAGGAAUGUGGAACUAUCUAAGGCCUCAAUCACUUUAUUUACUUUUUUGUGCUUGAUUUUGCCAGAUCGUUAUAUCCAGUGUUCAGUUUUUAGGUUUUCUAUUCAUCUUUUCCUAAAACCUAUAUAUUAUUUUUUGGUCAUUAACUCGGUGAGAUAAAUUUAAAUCCGUGCUGAGUAGCAAUAUUUUCCAGAGACGAAAUAUGGAGAAGAAAAAUAUUGUUUAGAGGCAAUUAUCAAUAAACAUCAGGUACAAUAAUGAUGAACAAGAGAAUUGUCAUGUUUGUCCAUCUUACCAGUUUACUGGAAAGUAAAAAGUCAUAAUUAAUAUUGAGGUCAUAAUACUGCAGAACAUUUCCAAAAUGUCCUUCCUGAGGUUUUCUUUAAAUGAGAAUCACAAAUUUAUAUCUGAAAUGAUAGAAUUACAUUAGAUUAUUUCUGCUAAAUUGUGAUUUUUUUCUCCAUCUCUUUAUAUGUUCAUAUGUACAACAGCUUUAAUGUUUUUAAAAAGCAAAAAAUAUGUGCAGUUUUGCACUGUAAAAUAUUAGAAUUUUGCUCUUAAAUUUACUAAAGUGAAUCACCUUCACCUGCACUGAUAAGUAAUGAAACACUCUCUAGUCACAUAUUGAAAUAAUAUAUUGGAUUUAGUUCAUCUACUGCUCAGGGUUAUGGCAAGUUUGGAUAUUACGGUAGAUUAGGUUGCAUAACAUAUGGCAAUAAAUAUAAUGUCAUUUCCCAAUUACUUUGUGGUGUGUAUU